AUGCCUGAUACAUUGACCAGCGAUACCAGCAACGAGACCGUUUUUGCUUCGCAGCGCCCAUCCGCCAAAAUGCUCAAGAUGGUGACGCCACAUGACAUCCGCAGCGCCGGACCCGACGUCUCGUCUAGGACUCGCGGGCUGCACGAUUACUUUGCUGUCGGGCCUCUCAAGUCGGAGCUGGCUUCGAUCCAGGAACAAGAAGCCCCGUCUUACCACCUGAAUGGAUCCAUCGCUGGUCGCCGCGAAUCGACAAUUUCCUUCCAGGAUGAGCUGCCAACGCGACGCAGCUCCAACGACACAGACCCUGGCAAUGCCAUAUCGCUCGGCAGGAAGCUGUCUACGUCUUCGGUCUCGUCGCGCCGACCACGAUAUUCCGCGUCCUUGCACGGGCUCGAACUACAAGAGCACGCGGCGCGUAUCCGUGCAAGCUCACCACCUCCAGAAAGGUUUCAGCACCACGUCGGCUUCGACAAUGUGCCCAAUGGAGAGGCUACCAAACACAACACGACAUCUCUGACCCUCAAUGUGAGGCAUAAGGGCUACCAGGCGAGACGACGAUCGCGCAUAUUCAUGGUUGGCGUGGACGAGAACUCGUACUCGGACUAUGCCAUACAGUGGCUGCUGGACGAGCUCGUCGACGACGGCGACGAGAUUGUGUGCGUGCGUGUGCUCGAGAGGGAAGUGCGCAUGAACGAUAAGCAGUACCAGGAAGAUGCGCAACAUGUCAUGCAAGGAAUUUUGGCCAAGAAUGGGGCCAACCGGGCCGUCAGCAUUGUGCUCGAAUAUGCCGUCGGCAAACUGCACGCCACCUUCCAGAAACUAAUUCAAAUGUACCAGCCAGCGAUGUUGAUUGUGGGAACCAGAGGUCGAUCGCUAGGCGGGAUCCAGGGCCUUGUCAACAACCGAAACUCAUUUUCGAAAUACUGUCUACAAUAUUCGCCCGUACCGGUCGUGGUGGUGCGGCCUACAGAGAAGCGCAUCAAGAAAAAGGUGAAGCGCGCCAACGAUUCGAGCCGUCAGACGUACCUGGGGAUGCUUUCGGCAACGCUAGGCAAGCACGAGGCCGACAGCGAAACCAGUAGCACAUACGAGCUGGAGACGCAAAUCUCGGCCGACGAGGAGGCGCACCAAGUGGCCAAGGUUUUGGGGCUUCCUGCGGCAUUUGACCCGACUAUCAAGCCUAUCAACCCCAAUGACUACCUUCGAGCACGGUCCCCGGCAGCGUCAGCGUCGAGGGCCAGCGGAGAAGCGGCGAGCCCCAACAUGGGGGAUGUCUCACCAGUCAGCGCGAUGAACAGCGAGGAUGAAGAAGAGGAAGAGGACGGGGAGUUUGAGGUUGUGUCUGGAACGCAAGCCCUCAACCAAAAGCAGAAACUUGAACAACUACACAAGAUGGAGGUCGGUGAAGCGCAGGCUCUCCGUCAAGGUGUGGACGUUGAAGAAGACGAGGAUGAUGGGUCGGCAGAUAACAAGCUAUCGCCAUAG